GUCGCUGUGUUCGGCUUUGUUAAAGCGUAUUGCCUCAGAGUAAACGCAGCGUUUUCAGAAUCAAACAGUCUCUCUUUGAGCUGCUCAACCAUUACAUUUACAUUAGGGAUUCUUCAAGCAAUAGGCUGUCAUUUUACUUUCAUCCCUUUACAAGGAAAUGUACAGUAUGCAGUCUGCAGACAAGUUAAGUAAUAUCCCUGUUUGCAAAUCUCGUAACAUUCCCCUGUACUCUAUUCUUCAAAUGUUACAAAAGUCUCGAUCUAAACUGACUGUGUUUUUCUAGUGAUGUUAUCUUUUUUUCACAGUGCAAAGCCCAAGCCGACUGCUGAGGUCCAUGAGAAUGAAGUAGUGAAGCAGGAUACAGGUCAGGAAGACCAAGAAAGUGACAGCGACAAUGAGGAUGAUGAUGAGGAUGACAUGUGUGUAACCAUUGGAGCCCCGUCUCAGCCGUUCAGGGUUCUUCAAAGCACAUUGCCCAGAGUCAUGAAGGCAGCAUGUCUCUCAGUGUGUGUCUCCUUGGUGGUGAUGAUGAUAACGUUUGCCCCAAAGCCAAAGGAGUGGACGUGGAUGCACAGGGUAGUGUUAACGGAAUCCCUGUGUUGGAGGUCGACGUGGAGUCUUUUGAAGAAAAGCCAUGGAGAAAGCAUGACUCACACUUAACGAGGACUCCUGGAAAGCCUACUGUGAGAACCAGAGGAGAUUACGCAAGGUCAUGAACCACACUUCAGCCACUAAACUCAUGGUCCAGGAAUGGGACCUUCCCUGCUUUAGAUCUGACUACUCCUCCCCCAGCAACCACUACAAAUCAGCCUUGUCCAGUAGAAAGACAAACGGCACCACCAAUGUUACUGGAGGACAAACUGGUACCAUCAGCCGGGUAGAGGAACAGAGAAGUCACAAUAUAGAAGGAAAUAACAUCCAGGUGCUUUCCAAGCCAUCUGACGCUGAGCCUACUCCCACUAAGAUGCCCCCCUUCUUCCCCCCGCCUCCUUUCCCGCCUCCACCCUACAAUGUCAACUCCGCCCCUCCACUCAUUCCUCCACCACGUGUGUGGGUGCCAGUGCUGUCAGUCUGUCGGACUUCCUCCUCAUCGCCUGAUGAAUAUGAGGCAGAGGGCAGGAAGUCCCCCCUGGCCUGAGCUCACAGCUGAGCGCAGGCUGCCAUCGCUUCAUCUUCAAAGAUUCCAAAAUAGCACCCCUCACACACUCCCAGCACCCCCUAAGUUCAAUGAGCCCGGUACCGACAUGUUGUUCAACCUGUGCCAAAUAUCCUAAUACAACCAAAAUAUCAAACAUCCUGUUGACCCGGCAAACCUGGCUUUCCUUCUUUAAGUUACAGGCUCUGCCUCCUUUUGUGAUGCAAAUGUUCAACGUGAUAAAAAUAGCUCCUGGAAGAAAAGAAAAGUGUAGAGCCAGCAGAUUGGAGGGAGAGAGAGAGAGCUUUGUUACUCUUGGUACCAUAGGGUCACAUUAGUGGUGUAGUAUUAUUGCUUGAUAGGGCCAGGUUUUAGCGUGGGGUUGUGUUGUCAUUGCAGGCCAGUCUGUGUAGUGAAGCACUAAGGGAUGUUGUCUGGAGCUCUAGUGUAGAACUGGUGGUACUGAUCAGUGUAGUUUGGCACAUACAUUGUGGUUAGUUUGACACCUGUACUGACUGAUAUGGCUGUGACGGUCUUGGAAUUUGAGGUUGCGGUAAUUGGCCAGGCCAAUGUACAGACACCAACAUAAUCGUUCAAGGAUAUGCAUAUGCUUCCUAAUAAAACCUAUUUGAAACAAGCCAUUACACUUCGUUAUCAUCAUGGCGUUUCAUUACUAUUAUUCAGGUUAUUACUUUUAAAUAUGAAUCAACAAAUUAAGAAAUGCCAGGUUGGGGAGGAUCUGUGGGAUUUUUGUAUCGACACAUCAUCAGCUGAGUCAAAAUAAAGAUAUUCCU